CGCCCGUACGUCAGUUCCGGGGAGGAUCCGGAAGCGGCCGUUGUUGUUGUGGUGGGGGGGGCGGCAGCCAUGGUGUGCGAGAAGUGCGAGAAGAAACUCGGUACGGUGAUCACUCCCGAUACGUGGAAAGAUGGUGCGAGAAACACUACAGAAAGCGGUGGCCGCAAGUUAAAUGAAAACAAGGCAUUGACCUCAAAGAAGGCAAGGUUUGAUCCUUACGGAAAGAACAAAUUUGCAAUAUGUCGGAUUUGUAAGAGUUCUGUCCAUCAGCCAGGGUCUCACUAUUGUCAAGGAUGUGCCUAUAAAAAAGGCAUCUGCUCAAUGUGUGGGAAGAAGGUGCUGGAUACGAAGAACUACAAGCAAACUUCUGUCUAAUUGUCUUGACUAGUCUUUUUAUGAACUUGUAAUGUUUGUGUCUUUGUACAGUUCACUUUUCUCUAAAAUGAUUUGUGAAUAUUACUUUCUGAAAGAUAAUACAUUUGGAAUGAGAUGAGAGGUAAAGAUAGCCUGGUUGUUUGCCUAGAAAUGUACAUAAUAUUUGAUUUUGUUGUUUAGAGCUAACUGAUAUUUAAAGGUAAUGGUUUGCAGCAACUGAUACAGUUCGAAGUGAUAGAGGAUCCCAGUGGAUAGCUUGGAACUAUUACCAUCAUAACAGAUCUUGAAGAUUAACACUUUUAUUCUUUUGCUGUAUCCUGAGUCUUCUGCUUGUCUGAUAGUAAUAUUAAAUACAUGUAUAAAAUAUGGGCAUAUAUCACCUCAUUAAAACAGUAUCAUCGUUUAGUUCUAUGCUUAUAGGUAUUUAUGAUUAUUCUCACCUCAAACUAUUACGUCCUCCCCUCUAAGUAUUGCUCUUCAGAUUUUAAUGCAGUUGUCCUGUUGAAUUUUGUUUCUGCCUACAGUAGGGUUGGUUAAAUCACAAAUUGUUAAACUAGUGAAAUCUAAUGUGUUACUCUGCCAGUUCUUACUUUGCCAGUAAGACUGAGUAGCUGUUCCCCUCAGACUCUAAGGAGGCUUUACAUACAGCAUCUGGUGGCCCAAGGCAGUAAAAUAAUGACCAUCGGUUUCUAAUGCCAAGUCUCAGUCUUAUCAUUUCCUAAGUUAGUCUGGCUUUUAAAUGCUUGGUUUGAAACUGGCUCUUGAAUUCUAUGCCGUAAUUGCUUAUAUACAUGUCAAAUGCGAAAGAUCAAAACAGGCUGCUUUCUCUUCAGCAUUGCUUUGAUGUAGGACUUGAAGUGAGCCUCUCUGAACUCACUCUCUGAGUGUGGCUCUGCAUUUCUUUUGUCCUUUGGUUAGGGAGAGUAGUAAGUGUUCCCAGUGCAUGCCUUUUAGGUGAAGAGAAUGGUGGGGUUUUAACUAGACCUAUUUAAGCGUUUACUCCUCCCAGCAAUCUCUAUUUGGCAACCUCUUACGCUUUUGCAACUUUCUUUCAGUUGCAACAGAAAAACUAUCAAUGGGAAUUUCCCUAUGAAUAGAUACUGUGUUUAGGUUUCUUUUGGUUCUCCUAUCUUUUACUGAGACAACUGCAUGACUAAUGGAGACUGAAAAAUCGCUGUUCUUUCUAUGUGUUAGUGGGAGAAAAUAAAGAAUAUUAGGGAUAUAGUUAUUCUCUUUGCUCUUAGUUCCUGCCAUGCUGUGGAGGAAUGCUGCUGCUUUUAAUUUUAAAAGCUUCACCUACCUUAACAAUUGAAUGGAAAUAAGUGGAUUAGCUAGCUGGUGACGGCUGGCAUACUGCAAAGUUGUUUCCACAUGGUGAUGGCCACUUGUUUCCAAACACAUCAAGGAAUUCUAGUAUUAGUGUACAUCUCUAUGGCACAUCCUUUGUAUGGAUGAAAAGAAAAUGUCUAUAAUUAUGCUUCAAAUUUUGCAGCAAGUGCUUGUUGCCAGAAUGUGUGGUGAUUUCUAAUGGCAGAUUCUCUGAUACUUUCUGAACUCUUCACCCUUUAUGGGUGUAUUGUAUAGGAUAGAUUCACUUUUGCUAUUCUGUGAAUAAAACUCCUUUUCUUGUCUUCCUAAAACUUGGGAGUAUCUCAAUUUCAAAAGCAUUACUGUUUGUAAUUCUUGCAUACAUGGUAUGAAUUGAAUGUUUAUUGCACUCUGUAAGUAUUGGCACUGAAUGAACUCUUACCUCAUUUUGUAACUGAUUUAAGAACAGGGAUUUAAGUAAUAUGAUCAUUUGUUCAUAAUUAUUUUGUGAAUAGAGCUUUUAUGCACCUGUAUCCCAUUACUGGGCAGCUGCUUUUACAUGUUAAAAUAUAUUUUUCUUGGAAAAGGAGGACAGGUUUUAUUUUGGGGUUUUGUUUGGUGUGGUUUUUUUUUUAAUAGUGAACACAAACAGUGAUUUGUUGUUCUAGUGGUUUGUACAUGCUUGGGAUCUUCCAUCUGUAGCUCUCAAGCCUUCUUAGUGUUGUGAGAGGUUCAGUUCCUGAGAUCUCUAAAAUUUGCUGGUCUAACUUUCAGAAAAGCCCAUUUUUCCAGCAUUGUUUUGGAGACCCGUUGCUUUAAAUUUAGAUCACAAGCCCUCUCCUGCACCUCUGAGAUGCACCACAGUUCAAGGCAAUCUUGGCAAAGAAGCACUUAAAGUUAGCUUUUAAAAUUACAUACACCUUCAGUAUAAUUGAAUUGUCGUAUAAAAGCAAUUUUGUUGAUACUAAAAAUGUCUUGUUAGCAUGGGACGCCUUUCCUGAGACAUUAUGCAGUGAAAAACAAGAAAAUCUGUAAUGGAAAGUUGCCAGUUUUGUUUAAUGUACUGAGAAGAGCACAGUAAUGUUCCCAGAUGAUCAGACUGUCCUCUAAAUCACAGGUUACAUAAGAGAUUUGUGCUGCCAAAUUUAGUAGGAUUAGAAUUUUCCUCAGUGCUGCUGAAUUCCUAUACUGUCCUUGCUGUUUCUGCAUGUUCAUUGGCCAGAGCUAUGACUGAGCUAAGUACAAGUGACGUUUUGAGAGAAAAGAACAGAUUAGCUAUAAAAAUGUUACUGUGGCUGUAGCAGCCAGUCAGAUAAAAAUUGAACAGGAAAAGGGUCCUUGUGUCAGGGUGUUCUCAUGCUCUUCCCCAUCUGUGCCUUUUGUUUACUGUGAUGGUUUAUUUGAUUUUUUUUAACCCUGUUCUUUCUGCUGCUGAAGCUGGAGAAAAGACCAUUCCAGAUAGUCAUUUGGCAACACUGUUCCGACUCAUUAGGACUAUUUUAAUUGUUUACCUGUAGAAAUUUUUUUCCCCUCUUAAGUUAACUUUGUUCCUUCAUUUCCAAAAGGAUAGCAAGAAAGACUUAGUGUUAUGUACAGGGAUGUCAUAGACUACUUUGCAUUCAGUUUUUCUUAAGAGUGGCCCAGACUUGCACCAAACUUUCUUAUUUAGCAAUAUAAGAGAUGUACAGGUUUCAGAUUGUAGGUGCAACUGACUUACAUACUUGUUCUUGUAUCACUCCCAUCAUCAGCCCAUCUCUCUGCAGUGCAUCAGAUUGCACAAAUAUUCCAGAUCUAUGCUAGCUGAUUGUCUACCCACAGACACGUAGGCCAGGACCCUCUGCCAAUCUCACCAUCAUAAAUUCUGGGUAGGAAUGUUUUUAUAUUAUCAGUGGGUAUAAGAGGUAUGUGCAAAAAUUAAAAAAAAAAGUCAAUAGAUUGAGUUAGGGAGCUGUGCAAAGUAAUGCAAUGAGUCAUGUUGCUGUAUUUUCCUAAUACGGAGCUGUAAGUUUCCCAGCUGCAGAGAGAAUCCCCAGCGUGAGAGAUUUGGUUUUUUACUGAAAGACAGUAAGCUGAGAGCAGGAGCUGUGGCUCUUCACAUCUGGUAUGGGGAAACUUAGUCUGUGAUAGGACCUCUACACUGAGAAUAAGAUUCUGGGGCUAAUAAAGUCUUCAAAAAAA